AUGUCGAAAACUAUUCUAGUUACAGGUGCGAAUUCGUUUAUUUCUGGUUGGAUUAUUAAAUAUCUUCUGGAAAAAGGAUAUCGUAUUCGUGGAACAGUUCGAUUUCAAGCAAGAGAGCAACAUGUUCUUGAAGGUAUUCCCAACGCCUAUCGAGAUCACAUUUCGUUCGUGUACAUCAACGAUAUUGCUAAUGAUUCAUUCGACGAAGCCGUGCAAGGUGUCGAUGGUAUCAUUCACGUUGCUUCACCAUUGCCUCUGAAUACAACGAAUGUAGAAAAAGAUUUACUUCUACCAGCAAUCAACGGAACUCAAAACAUUCUAAAAUCUGCUCAUCAAUACAAUCGAAAUCAUCAACAUCAGAUUCGACGGAUCGUUAUUACAUCAUCAUUUGCAGCAGUCUUCGACCAUAAUCAUGGCUUGCGCCCGGGCUAUUCUUACUCGGAAAAAGACUGGUGUCCAUUAACAUAUGAACAAGCUGUUGCUGCGAAAGAUGAUCCACAUGUGGCCUAUCGUGCCUCGAAGGCAUGCGCUGAACGUGCUGCAUGGCAGUUCGUGGAAAAAGAAAAACCUUCGUUUACCAUCGCUACAGUAUGUGAGCCAAUGGUUUUCGGUCCAUCGAUUUCUGGCUUCAAAUCGAUUGAAGAUAUACGUUCAUCAAACAGUAUCCUAUGGUCGAUAGUUAGCAGUGGUACAGACGCGCAAAUUCCAAAAACUCGCGUGCCGUUGGAAGUUGACGUCCGAGAUGUCGCAUAUGUCCAUGUCGCUGCUCUAGAGCGAACAACUGAUACGAACGAACGGUAUCUUAUCGCCGCAGAAGCUUGGAGCAAUCAACGAUUAGUUGACAUCAUUCAUCAAAGUAGUGCUAUAUCAAAAACUAUCAAGGACACAACACCGAUUGGUGUCAAAGGUCAAAAAUCACCCGAACAUUAUGCGAUCGAUAGUUCGAAAGCGCAAAGGGAAUUAGGUGUGACAUAUAUUCCUUUUGAGAAAACAGUGGAAGAUCUAAUGGCUCAAUUUGCUGAAUUGAAGAAAAUGCUAGAGGAGAAAAAUAGUUGA